AUGUCCGUGUCCAGAACGACUCUACGCUCGUUACCAUCAUCAUCCUCUGUCCGACUGAGCCUGCGAUCGCUCUCAUCUUCCGCUUCAUCCCUAGACGCUAAACCAGACUCUUCAGCACCCGACUCUUCGCCUCAGGCAGUCUUCCCGGAUACCCCUGCAGCUCCUUCCAGUGCCCUUGCGAAGAAAGGGAGACCAUGGUCUGUGAUGAACACCCCCAAGUUCGAGUUUGACGAUGCUACGUCGCUCGGGUGGAUGAGGAUGUUCAGGAUACAGGAAGGAGAAGGUUUGGUACGAAAGAUAGAGGAGGACAGAGAGGCUCUGAGGGCUGCCAACAAAACCACUUUCACCCCUCCCAUCUCAUCAAUCCGAUUAACCAGUACCAUUGACUUAUCAUCACCAUCAUCCAAGUUCCAUACCAAAGCCGUCUUGCUCGUUCCCGUCUCUUCACUCAAACUUUCCUCUACAGAUGCUAUGCAGCGUAUCAAGCUCCUCGCUGGACCUAGAUGGACUCCCGGUAGACCAGGGAAGGAAGAGUUCGUACCUAACGGUGGUGCCAUAGCAGAGUCGGAGGAAGGCAAAGAAGGUUGGAUCAAGAUAGCGGAAGAGAGGUUCGGUAAUACCCAACAGAAUAGGAUAGAGGUUUCGAAUAUACUUGAUAGAUUGGUUCAAGCGGCCAACGACCCUAAAUCCCCAUUGGCCGCUGAUAUACCCAUUGAUACACGCCACCUGCUUGCCCGUCAUCGAAAGAAACGAAGUAGACAGAACCCCUUCUCAUGGUCUGCCGAUCAGACAUCUCUCAAAAAGCACGAGGUGGUAGGCGGUGUGAAGGGAUUCCCGAUAGAAUGGAUACCAGAGGAUCUGCGAGAGAAGGCAUUGAAGAAACAGUAG